AACAGUGCUUUCUGUGUCUGAACCUUUUGGAGGUCACCACUUAGUAGCACUGUAAAGAUUACAGACAGAUUCCUCCGCGGCUGACUCAUAAUUGACUGCAGACAAGCCAUAUGUGAGGAGUUCUUUACCAUAGUGAAAACAGUAAAACUAUUGAGGUCACACUGGUUGUAGAAAUGUUACAGUUCCUCCCAAAGAUGGAUUUUUAUCGCUGAACAAAACACUAUCGAUUCAGAUCUAGAGAUGGAGAUGGCGGAAUUAAAUCACAAGCCACAACCGGAAGUCAAGGUCUCACGAGUUCUUGUCGUCGGAGGCAUAGGGCAUGGGAAAAGCUCCUUCAUUAACAGUAUGUUGGGAGAGGACAAGUGUACUGUGGGAAAUACUUGGGGAGUUGACAAGACAAUAACCAAAGAAGUACAAGAAUAUGAUUGUAAACGAAAAGAUGACGUAAUAACCUUCAUAGACACGCCGUCAUUAAGUACACUAACGUCAAAUAGUAAAUUCAAGGACCUUUUCAAAACUGGAUUUCAUGCUGUUGUUAUUGUCUUUUCAAUAAAAUCAGUCACACAACCUCGAACGUCUGUGUUAGAACAAGUAAAGACCUUGUUUGGAGGCGAAAUAUUUCGGUAUGCUCUUGUUGUUUUAACGUUUGGAGACUAUUUGGGAGAUUCAACAGUUGAAGAAUUCUCAAAUGCUAAUAGUGAAUUAAAAGAUUUCUUGGAAAAAAUGGGUGACAAGCCUGUUGUAAUAAGUAACAUACUUGAAAAGGACAGUGCAGAAGCUAAUGACCAGAAAACGCGGUUUUUUGUUUACUUGGAAUCUGUACUUAGAAGAAAUGAAGACACACUGAGAGAGAACGGAUUUUGUUCGCGUUUAUGUUCGUGUUGCAGAAGGUGUUGUUCUUGGUGUGCAAAACUCAUUUACGACAUGGACGGCUAAAUUCAACCAAAAACUAAUACAUGUAUAUAAAAAAAAACAAAUACAGAUCCAGUUGGUAACUCCAAAAUCGCAACAACAAAAAAUCUGUCUUGAUAUCUCGUGUCAUCUUCAAAACAGGAACUUUGAAAUAAUUUUUUUUUUUAUAUAAAAUAUUAUUUAAAAUAAAAAUGCCUGUAAA